ACGACAACGAACUCUGCAUCACCACCACAAUAGCGUUUGACCCAGCUCCUGUUCAAUUGUCAGAAGCUGACCUCCAACCGCCAUCAUGGCGCGCAAUUCAGAAAAGGCGCAGUCCAUGCUCUUCCGCUUCCGCGAAGCCCAAGCCGCAGAUCUCGGAAUCCUCGAUGCAGGCCGCUCGCGGCGCCCGAAGCUAAUCACCUCCGAAACUUCUAUUCCCUCAUGCGAGAAGUGGCGUGGACAAGUGCUGAAGGAGAUCUCGCGGAAGGUCUCGAAGAUCCAAGACCAGGCGCUGAGCGACUUCAUGAUCCGCGACUUGAACGAUGAGAUCAACAAGGCUAUGCGGGAGAAACACAUGUGGGAGGUGCAGAUUCGGAAUCUGGGAGGGCCGAACUACAUGAGGAGUGCGAAGGUUUAUGAUGAGGCUGGUCGGGAAAUACAAGGUGCUGGGAAGGGGUACAGGUAUUUUGGACGAGCAAAGGAGUUACCGGGUGUCAAAGAGCUCUUUGAGGCGCAGUCGAAGCCGAAAGAAGAAAAGCCGUUGGAGAGUCGUGCGGAUCUGAGGAAACAAGUCGAUGCGGCGUAUUAUGGGUACAAUCUGGAUGAAGAAGAUGGAACAUUACUCGAUUACGAACUAUUCAAGGAGAAGGAGGCGUUUGAUAAUCUUCUUAAGCAGGGGAAUGGAGAGGUUCCAGAAGGUUGGGAGCCACUUCCCGGGGAUAAGGGUGAUGGUGAGGGCUGGAGGCUGCCGACACUGGACCAAGUACAAGAGGAACUGGUUGAAAGGAGACGAAAGAGGUUACUGGACAAGCUGGGAUAACCUUUGAAUGGCCUAUGUACAGUAUGUGUUGCAGGCAAGGAAAAUGUUUUAGUAUUUCAGACGGGAUUGUAAGCAAAUAUACCACUUCAGAAGAAUAUACCUGGUCGUGAACAAUGUUACUUGGAGAG